AUGGAAGAAUUGCGCGAGCGCGUUUGGAAUGGUACUAUUAAUGUGGAGGUGGUAGUUUCUGAUGCUAUAGUGGUACCGAAUACAACAUUGGCGGACAAAAGUUGUCAUAUAGUCAUGUUAAGGGACGCAUAUUUGGGAUUUUACCUUCCGACAGUUGUACGAAAGCUGGCGGAUACUAUAAAAGUUCCAUAUGAAAGCGAUUAUAGGAAUUGGUGGUUUGAAUACAAUGGCGAAGGUGUACCUUGGGAGUACCCUUGCGGCGUUCUUUUUGACCUGUUAAACAAGAAGAGGAAAAAGCAAGGCAAUGAGCUAGAUGACACGAGCCUCCAGAUGUGGGAGUUACAACUUUGUCAUGGGGACAAGUACCCACGGGGGAUAUUACCUUUGGUGGAUGGACAUAGCCAAAUAAAGGAUUACUGGAGACACCAGUGGAAACAAGCUUGUUUUAUUUUAAACGGUUCUGCAAAGAGAAUAAUGUCCUUAUCUAUUCCAGACUUUGAGAAUUUCUGGGUUAGUAUACUAUCAAGAAAUAGAUCUGACUUCAUGGCAGUCAGAAGUAAACUGUUUAGCAUGAAUAAGGCUAAGUCUUUACCUGUGCGUGUUUGGACUUCAAAUUAUGCUGUACUCCAGCCUACUGUACCGGUUACAGACAAGGAGUUAAGCGUAGCGGAACUAUUAGAUAGCAUCAAGUUGAGCAGUGAUGGCGUAAAAAGUGUCAUAAUACAAGGGAUUGAUGUGUCUAUUGAAGAUAACAUCUUUGAGUUGUAUGAUAUAUUUGCAAGUAUUGAUGGGUUUUUAUAUCUAGUUACAAAAUGA